AUGGAUUCAGAUACUGGAAGUGUAUCCCUCCCUCCAGAGGCUCUCGAAGAAAGUCUUGAAAGCGAGGUGCAAUUUGGCAGCCGACAUCAUUCAAUUUUAGAAACCACGAAGGAAUUCAACAAAACUAUUCUGGAAGACGUUGUCGAGGAAAAAGAAAACGAAUGUUGCAAAGUUCCUAGCGAGGCUGAUUUCUAA